AUGGCACGAAGAUUUCAUAUAAAGUAUAAUGAAUCAUUGAGAAGCCCGUACACAAUUCCCACAGUCAGAAGCUCUUCAUUUGAAGAUAAAACAACAACACUAUCCAAGAACUUCUUAUUUUGUGAGCAGACUAAAGAAUUCUUUACAAAUCGUGACAAUGGUUCAAGUGGAAGUAGUCAUGUUGGGUACUGUGGUGGCUUUACCAAGCAAGCGAUUGGAUCAAGUGUGAAUGUUCAGGAGCUGACAGUGAAUCCGGAACAUUUGAAAGGAGCAAGCAACUUGUUAUCAACCUCAGUAAAGGAAACAAAUGCUGUGUCAGAUUCAGCUUUGGUCCAUGUAAAGCAAAAAAAGUUCCAGAAUUCUCCUGAGCAUGUUUUAUCUAUGGGCUGUGAACCACAGUUGUUUAAUUCAGUAAAUUCUUUCCAUCAGCCCACAUGCCAUUUCUGUGGAUUGUCUGGGUCCUUGAGAUGUACACAAUGUAAGCAUGUAUAUUAUUGUUCUGUGGACUGUCAGAGGAAAGACUGGCAAGAACAUAGUGUUGGGUGUAAACCAUUUAAUCGCAAUACAGAUAUAGCUGAAGAUAAUGAAAAAUCGUCGGAUGAAAUCAUGAUAAAGGAAAAUUUAUUAUCUAUGGAUAAUAGUGCAGCAGAAGAUGAAGGCAAGAAAAUAACAUUCCUUGAGUUAAGUACAUUGGGACUCAAGAAAAACAUGAAAAUAGAGGGUACAGUAACUGUGUUCAACAAUCCUAAUGAUUUCUAUGUACAAGUAAACUCACCAGAGGUUCUGAGUAAUAUUAACAAACUUAGUGUGAAGUUGAAAGACUACGAUGGAGUCACUCAAGAGGAAUACAUUCCUUCCAAAGGAGAAGUUUGUGUUGCAAAAUAUUCCUUGGAUCAGACCUGGCACAGAGUGCUAAUAAAAGAUGUGGAUAUCCUUAAGAAGAGAGCUCAAGUGCUAUACAUAGACUAUGGAAAUGGAGAAAACACACCAUUUUGUAGAAUUAAACGUUUGCACAAAGAUAUUGCUGUCUUUCCACCCUGUGCCGUUAAGUGCUGUGUAGCUACUGUCAUCACAGCUACUAAAGAAUGGGAUGCAAAUUGCAGCAGUGCCGUUGCUGCAUUUCUUAUGGGCAAAUGUUGUUCAUUGACCAUUGUCAAUGUUCUGAUGGGUGAGAUGACAUCGUUUGGUGUAGAUGUUGUCCUACUUGAUUCUGGUAAGCACUUAAUUGAAAUACUGUUGGAAAUGGGACAAAGUUCAAUGGAUUCGAAUAACAAAGAAAGUUCAGCUGCUGGUCCAACCAAGGAGAAAAGCUCCACUCAGGAAAAGACAGAAGAGGGUAGAGAUGUGGUUCAUAAUGGUUGUCUAAUCCCACAGAUUAAUUCACUGUCUGUAGGAGAUGCAUUCUUUGGUAUGGUUGCCCAUAUACAGACUCCAGGAUACUUUUUUUGUCAACUCCUAGAAAAUGGCCACAAACUUGCUGAGCUUCAAACAUCCCUAAGGGAAUACUGUGACAAAAUCUCUGCUGACCCUGACUUCCGUCCAGCAGUAGGAGACCCAUGCUGUGCCCAGUUCACAGAAGACAAUCAGUGGUAUCGUGCAUCUGUUUUGUCUAAUGAAUCUGAGAAAACUGUUCUGGUGGGUUAUAUAGAUUUUGGGAACUUUGAAGUCCUUCAUUUAAGUAGACUUCGUCCAAUAAUUCCCAAAUUAGUGGAGUUACCGAUGCAGGCUAUGAAGUGUACAUUAGCAGGUGUAAAACCAAUAUCUGAAACUUGGUCCACAGAAGCAACUACUUCCAUGAAAUCACUGGUACAAAAUAAAGUGGUCACCAUAACAGUAAUGGAUAAAAAUGAGAACACUUUUGCAGUAGAACUUAUAGAUGCAUCAGUGACUCCAACUAUAAAUGUGCGUGAAAGCCUUUUAGAGUCUGGAUGUGCAGUGAAAGUAGAUGCCGCCAUCUUGACAGUGCUUGAGAGAAGCACUGGAAUAUUGCAAGAGGUGAAUGAUCAAAAGCCGAACAAAGUUGAUUGGGCCUGGGUCACAUUAACACCUAAAGAGGUGGUAGAUGUCAUGGUGUGUAUGCUAUACAGCCCUGGAGAGUUCUAUUGCCAGAUAUUAAGCAACCACGACCUGAAGGUUCUAGAAGAACUCAAUAUAUCCUUAGCAGAAUAUUGCCAGAAAACAGCUCCUAGUGUUUCUAAAAUAGCAAAGGGAAAGCCAUGCUGUGCAUAUUUCUCUGGUGAUGGUAGAUGGUAUCGUGCUUUGGUAGAAGAGUCCACUUCAGAUCAGACCUGUAAAGUUCAAUUUGUGGAUUAUGGAAACAUUGAAGUGGUUACUCUGGAUAAACUGAGACAGAUUUCAUCCAAAUUUUUGAAACUUCCAUUUCAAGCAAUCAGAUGUUGGUUGUCAGGUGUCAGGCCCAUAAACAAGGAAUGGACCACAGAAGCUGUAUUGGCGCUUCAGAUGUGCACAGCUGGGAAGAAGCUUCAAGCCAGAGUAGUUUCUCUAACCACAGAUGGUGCUGAAGUAGAGCUUAUUGACAAUUCUGCUGGCAGUCCCAUAAUGUUCAGUGAAGUUUUAAUUAAUGAAUGUUUGGCUUUAAAAAUGGAAACACUGUCAAAUCGGAAUAUGCUGCUGGGUGAAUUGCCAGCCACUGAUUUCCAAGAAAUGUCUAUAUACACACAGUGGACAACAGAAGAAUUUCCAGUUAAUGAAACCGUGUCUGUCCGUGUGUUAGAAGUGAUCAACCCUGGCUUAUUUUAUGUAGUACCAAUGAAAGCCAAAGUAGAUCCACAGAAGCUGCAUGGACUAAUGCUUCAACUUGCUGAUUACUGCACCUCUCAAAACAAUCAUGUCUUCAAACCAAAAGCUGGUGAAGCCUGUUGUGCCAAAUUCUCAGGUGAUGACCGUUGGUACCGUGCUGUUGUUUUGGAAGUUUUUGUGUCAGAAGUGAAAGUGGCAUAUGCAGAUUAUGGAAAUGUGGAGAUAUUACCGCUUUCUAGGCUGCUACCUAUAACUGCCCCCUACUUGGAACUACCUUUUCAAAUAUUUAAGUGCUCCCUUGCAGGAAUUAUGGAACUGGAUGGAAAGUGGUCUAUAUCUGCGACAGAGAGGCUAAAGGCUGUCAUACUGAAUGAGUGUGUGAUUGUAAUGGUGACAGGAGUUGCUGAAAAUAUUCAUGCAGUAACAGUGAAUAAACAUUGUGAAAAUAAUAUUCUGAAUGUCGCUGACCAGCUGGUAAUUGAAAACCUGGCAAAACAUAGCAACAGUGAGAAUCAGUGUGCAAAGAAGACCAAAUGUUGUUGUACAGAAUUAAAGAAGCAAGUUGCAAGGCUUGAAGGGAUCCUCUCUUUUCUUCUGAAAGAUCAUUUUGGUGAAGAUAAAGUUCCUGAGAUUACUCUGUUGGGGAGCUAGAACUCUGCUGCAA